GAUUUUGGUCCUAGCUGGGGACUUCACACCAGGAUGGCCCUGCAGUUGCUGGCUCUGAGGUGUCUUCUGGCCCUUGUAUCUCUGUUGUCAGCACAGGUCCAGGGAGAACUUGAUCCCAAGGUCCAAGGAAUGUCCCAGGGAACAGAAACGUGCCAAAGGCCCCCUUGGGCCUCCAUCUUCCAACUGGCACCAGACCAGGAGAGCUACAGGAAGAACGAAGAAGUGAUGCUGAGCUGCCCUGAAGGUUUCCAGCCAUCCUUCACCCAUGUCAAAUGUUCAAGUGAAGUCCAGUCCUUCAUUAAUGCGAAACCUGUCUACAGAGAGGUUUGGCUUGGAAGAGAUACCAGAGGUGUCUGGAUCCGCAUUCGCUCCAGCAUGGACUGCCUCGAAGUGCUUCAGGUUGUCCCCGGCACCUUUGAGAUCUCCAGCACCAGCAUCCAACUGAACUGGACCUGCAGGUUCCCUGGUGCCUGCCAGGGCAUACGGGCCAUGUGCCGCCUGGCAGUGCCUUCCUCCCCUCCCUGCGAGGCUGAUGAGGUGGAGGGAGAGGAGAUGUUACAUGGCCAGAAGGGAACAUUCUCCUGCUCCCAGUUGCAGCCCUUCACUGACUACAGUGUCACCAUCUUCUUGCACCCCAACACGACCCUUUUCUCAUGGUUGUUCAGGACAGAGGAAACAGUGCCAGACAAACCAGAGGAACUGUGGUUGGAUACCAACAGAGGGUCCCUGAGGUGGAAGGAGCUGCCCUCCUGCAAAGGGGAGAUCAUUGGAUACCAGCUGAACAUCACGGCCAGGAGCACACGGGAUGGAGGCUUCCUGGAGAUGGAGUGGCUGCAGGUGAACGGCUCCGUCACUGAGCACCGGCUGCCGGAGCACGGCCCCGGCAGCAGCUACGUGGUGUCGAUUCAGGGACUGACGGCUGCCGGGGCCGGGGCUGCGUCGCUGUGGGAGUUUCAGAGCACAGACAACCAGCACCCUCUGGGCAUCAGCUGCCGCAGCGUCCCUGACAUCUCCCCAUCCCAAGGGACGGCCGUGCUUCCCCUGCAACCCAUCACCUCGGAGGGGACCGGGGAGCACCAGCUGGUCGUGGCCAUGACACACAACAGCUCAGGGAUUGAAAGUGCCUGCUUGGGGCAGCCACAGCCCUUCAGUGCCAGCCAGCAGCCCUUCAACACCACCCAGCAGCCCUUCAACACCAGCCAGCAGCCCAGAACCUACGUGGCCGCUGUGCUCAACCUCACCGCCCCCAUGGACUUCGUUUUGGGCAAUGGCACCUGGGGGCAGGGCUACCACAAUGCUGCCCUGCGCCCCGGCUGGGACUACACGGCCCUUCUGCGCCUCGUCCGCCGCUCACCGCAGUCAGAGAAGUUCACCUGUGUCUGCUACAGCUUCUCUGUUGUUGCAGGGCAGGCUCCAGGCACAUGGCAUUGGACUGUGAUUGGGCUGGUUGUGCUGUUGGCACUCCUUCUCAUGACUGCAGUGAUCCUGUGGCUCGUGCUCUCCAGGAAAAAGAAGUAUGUGCCCAACAAAGCUAAGGAGGAUAACUAAAAAGGUAAAGGUGGCUAGGCUAGAGAUCAGUCACUCCAGCCACUGGCCAGGACCAUGGAGACAUUCAGAGCAGAGAAGGAGUGGAGAAAAUGAGAAGGAUGACCCCAGCUCAGUGCUGAUGGCUGCUGUGUCCCCUUGGUCUCCUGUGACUGUGACAGUGUGGGAGUCCAGUUCAAUUCAUCUAAUUCAGCAGGGCAAGAUGAAAACAGGAGACAAAGGAGGAUUGUGAGCUUUUUCUUUCCUCAGCACCCUCACUUCCCAGCUUUUGCUUACUGCUUUUUUAAGGCCUUUGAAUUUGACUUUCUGCAGUUCCUUUUUUCAGGUUUGCUUUCAUUUUUGCUUUCCUGGAAGCAGGAUUUGUAUUUCAGAUUUUCUAAUCCCAGACUCACACAGGCUCAGGCUGAUGGCAUUCUCCUGCCAUGCCCUGGGUUCCCAACUCUUCUCCUCCAUCUCUGCUGAUAAUCAGCCAAACCCAGGGAUUUUCUGGAACUUGGCCUGACUGGACUGCUUUGUGACUCUGCCUGCUCUGUCUGAAUACCCAAUAAAGGCUUGUGGUUUGAAGGGGCUGGCUGUCC